AUGCCAUCUACAGAAGCUGAUUCCGAGCGGAGCAACGCCAUCCUGCAGAAGCGCUCGGUUGUGUCCAGCUUCCUCUUCAAGUACUCUGAUAUCCACGCCCGGGCCGCCGAAGUCGCACUGUUUCGGCGCAGCGACAAGACUGACAGGGACAACCACAAAAGGCAUCAUCUCGCGCCGAUAUCGGGUAGUAUCGAAGCGCAGGUCGACUCGACUCCGUUGGACGCUGCGUGGAGAGAAUUCAGGGAAGAGACGUCUCUGACACCGUCAUCGGUCAAACUAUGGCGCAAAGGGCGGCCGUUUACGUUCCAGGACUACGAGGUUGGCAGAGAGUGGACAAUUUACCCUUUUGCGUUUUUGCUCAAGUCGUAUCCAUGUUCACACACCAAGGUUGACGAAGAGAACACUUCGGUAAACAAGACCGACGGGGUUGUGCUGGACUGGGAGCACAACUUUCACAACUGGUAUGACCCUGAGGAAGUUCUGCAACGCUUGUUUGAGGAUGGGGCAGAGGCAACGGUCAGUGGGCAGAAGCUCGUGCCGAGAAUCGCCGACUCCUUGAUACGGGUAUAUCCCGAGUAUGAGUUUGGCUCGACGGCGGGAAAGAGGUUGCGAGACGGUUUGCAGCAGUUGCAAGAUGAUCAUGCGAGCGGCGCCCGAGAGCUCGCUACAAUCGCACUGGGCAUCUUGAGAGAUAUGCUGGUCGAUAUGCGGCCGUUAGAGGCAUACGAGGGCGAAGCAAAUUGGGGGGAGUGGUGGAGAAAGGUACGACUGGCAGCAUGGCAUAUUUGGACAAACGGCAGAGAGUCCAUGGGAGCGGCGAUCGCGAGCGCCCUGAUCACUGCCCUCACGGAACUUGAGGAUUUUCAGCGCGACGGACAAUACCAUGCAGAGUAUGUUGAGCAGCUCAUGAACUCUCUGGUCGACGAGCGAAAGGCAAUGAUGGCGGAACUUUCCAAGGCCUUUGCGGCGUAUGUCAAACACGAACUGCUCACGGAUCAACGAGGGGGAGACGACGAGGAGGAGGGCGCGACGUUGCGGAUUCUAACACUGUCAUCAAGCUCAACAAUCCGGGAAUCUAUCCUCCAUCUCCUCAGCACAGCGACAGGCAUACAUACCGUUGAUCUGCGCGUGUUGGAAUCCCGACCGCUUUUCGAAGGGGUCACCCUGGCUUCUUCAAUUCUGUCGCCUUAUCAAAACCGACACGAUGAAGAUGGCCGCCCCAAACUCAACGUAACCUUGUACACAGACGCAUCGGCCGCCCUGGCCUCUACCGAUAUUGAUAUUCUUCUACUAGGCGCCGAUCGGCUCGCAGCAGACGGGGCAGUGAGCAACAAGACGGGGAGUCUCCCAGCAGUACUAGCGGCCAAACACGUUAGCCCACAGGCCAAAGUAGUCGUCCUAAGCGAGGUAGACAAAGUGGCCAACCAGGACGACCACUCAGAGGAAAGCAACCAGCCAGCUGAGGUAAUGCGGGGGUGGAGGGAGGCAGCGACAGGGGGCAGGCUGAAAGGGCUCGACGUGGUCGAUGCGACGGCGGGGCGCGGUCCGGCAACGGUUGCGGUCGAGGUAAAGAACAUCUACUUUGAAUGGGUACCCCCCGGCCUGGUCGACGCUUACAUUACGAACGAAGGCAUCAAGGGGGUCUCUGACAUUCAGCGGCGGUCGCAGUGGAUUGGAGAGCAGAUUGGCCGGUUCUUUGAUGAUCUGUAG